CAGCUAAGCGAGAACAUAGCAAUAGUGAGAAGCACCCAGUGACUUGGCAGCCGUCCAAAGACGGGGAGCGUCUGAUCGGGAGGAUCCUGCUCAACAAGCGAAUGAAGGAUGGGACGGUGCCCCGCGACUCCGGAGCGCUGCUGGGUCUUAAGGUGGUGGGAGGCAAGAUGACAGAAUCAGGUAGACUAUGCGCUUUCAUCACCAAAGUGAGGAAAGGAAGCCUAGCGGACACUGUUGGUCACCUGAGACCAGGUGACCAGGUUCUGGAGUGGAACGGCCGGAUAUUACAAGGAGCCACUUUUAAAGAAGUUUACAAUAUCAUUCUUGAAUCAAAGCCCGAGCCUCAGGUGGAACUAGUGGUCUCACGACCCAUUGGAGAUAUUCCAAGGAUACCAGACAGCACACACGCACAACUGGAAUCAAGUUCGAGCUCGUUCGAGUCGCAGAAGAUGGACCGGCCCUCCAUCUCAGUCACGUCUCCCAUGAGCUCUGGGAUGCUGCGAGACGCCCCUCAGUACUUGUCUGGACAGCUCUCAAGCCAAAGCCUUAGUAGAAGAAGUUCGCCUUUUGCCCCUAGGGUGCAGGUCAAACUCUGGUAUGACAAAGUGGGCCACCAGCUCAUCGUCACCAUCUUGGGAGCCAAGGAUCUUCCUCCCAGGGAGGACGGCCGGCCCAGGAACCCCUACGUCAAAAUCUACUUCCUCCCCGACAGAAGUUUGAAUUAUUGUUCCUCCAGCGACAAAAGCAAAAGAAGAACAAAAACGGUAAAGAAAUGUUUAGAGCCCAAGUGGAACCAGACCUUCAUGUACUCGCCCGUGCAUCGCCGGGAGUUCCGCGAGCGCAUGCUGGAGAUCACGCUGUGGGACCAGGCCCGCGUGCGCGAGGAGGAGAGCCAGUUCCUGGGAGAGAUCCUGAUUGAGCUGGAGACGGCGCUAAUGGACGAUGAGCCGCACUGGUACAAGCUGCAGACGCACGACUCCUCGUCCAUGCCCCUGCCCAACCCCUCGCCCCACCUGCAGCGGAGAGCGCUCCACGGGGACAGCCCCACGCGUCGACUGCAGAACCAAGGGCCAUAUUCGUACAACUCAGGGUCACAACGAAUCAGUGACAGUGAGAUCUCAGACUACGACUGCGAGGAUGGUGUUGGAGUUGUAUCAGACUACAGGCAAAAUGGCAGGGACCACCAGAGCUCCACCCUCUCCGUACCUGACCAGGUGAUGUCAUCCAACCACGUCUCGCGCUCGGCUGACAUGAACCGGGCGCGCUCGCGCUCUCCCAGCGUGCCUCCACCUCAGAGUCGAGGCGGCGUGUAUCCCAUCAACCGUGAGGAAGCGGUCAGGUUACUGCGCUCCACUAGGAUGGCCCGAGCUUAUUCCGAGGGCGCUUACAAUGACAUGGAAAGGAAUUACGGAGCGUCGGACAGGUAUGAGUACCAGCACAGGUCCCGCUCCGCCGACCAGCGGUCCGCCAUGGACCGCCCCUUCUACACGCGCUCCCACUCCACCGAGCGGCCCCCCGACAGCCAGCUCAUGAGGUCCAUGCCGUCCCUCCCAUCUGGACGCUCUGCGCCGCCCUCUCCCGCCUUAACGAGGGCUCACCCCCGCAGUGGAUCGGUCCAAACGAGCCCCAGCAGUACGCCCAUGUCAACCAGAAGAGGACGGCAACUACCACAACUGCCUGCAAAGGGGACGCUGGAUAGAAAGGACGGAGAAGAGGACAUAGAGCCCUGUCCAGGAGACAUGGACUCACCCAGUCGGACAAACUCAGGUGCGAUGGACGUGGAGGAGCGCACGCGGCAGAUGAAGCUCAAGAUGAACAAGUACAAGCAGGGCACCGGCUCCGAUUCGCGGCUGGAGCAAGACUACCACAAGCGACGGGACCCAACGCGAGUCACGGACAACCUCUCGGCCAAGUCGUCGGACAGCGAUGUAAGCGACGUGUCCGCUGUGUCGCGGGGCAGCAGUGCCUCACGUUUCAGCAGCACGAGCUACAUGUCUGUCCAGUCGGAACGGCCGCGAGGCAGCCAUAAGAUCAGUGACUUUGCGCCCAAAAUGAAAAACAGGCAGACGGGCACGUCGGGCGGCAUGAACAUGACCAAGAGCACCAGCAUGGGCGGCGACAUGUGCAACAUGGAGAAGACGGAUGGCAGCCAGUCGGACACGGCCGUCAGCCUGGUGGGCACCGACGACAAGAAGCGGCGCUCCAGCAUCGGCGCCAAGGUCUCGGCCAUCGUGGGCAUGUCGCGCAAGAGCCGCAGCACGUCCCAGCUCAGCCAGACAGCAGGGGGUAAGAAGCUGCGCAGCACCAUCCAGAGGAGUACAGAGACGGGUCUGGCCGUAGAGAUGAGAAGUCGGAUGACCCGGCAGGCCAGCAGGGAGUCCACCGACGGCAGCAUGAACAGCUACAGCUCUGAGGGAAACCUCAUCUUCCCUGGCGUGAGGCUCUCGUCCGACAGCCAGUUCAGUGACUUCCUGGAUGGGCUUGGACCCGCUCAGCUGGUUGGACGGCAGACGUUGGCCACGCCCCCAAUGGGUGAUAUUCAGAUUGGAAUGGUGGAGAAGAAAGGCGCCCUUGAGGUGGAGAUAAUUCGAGCCCGUGGCCUUGUGGGAAAACCAGGUUCAAAAGCACUGCCAGCCCCCUACGUGAAGGUGUACCUGCUGGACAACGGAGCCUGCAUCGCCAAAAAGAAAACUAAAGUAGCCCGGAAAACACUGGACCCCCUUUACCAGCAACAACUGCAAUUCGAAGAGAGUCCAAGCGGGAAGGUUUUACAGGUCAUUGUCUGGGGAGAUUAUGGGCGCAUGGACCAUAAAUCCUUCAUGGGAGCCGUUCAGAUACUCCUAGACGAUCUGGACUUGUCCAACAUGGUGAUUGGCUGGUUCAAGCUCUUCCCUCCCUCCUCACUGGUGGAUCCGACGUUGGCCCCGUUGACUCGAAGAGCUUCUCAAUCCUCAUUGGACAGUUCGUCGUUCGGUCGCUCGUAGCAGUGCGCGCUAAAGAAGGUAGCGUUGUUGUAGCAAGCCAGAGGGUGGAGCAUAAGAAUUUGCGACAGGUCACAUCCCCCCCGGUUACACUGCAUGCUUGAUGUUGUGUCUUCUGAGCCUGUUUCUUAAGGGGUAAAAAACAGUGGUCCUGUGUUAAAUCGCAAAAAAAAAAAAAAAUUCAUCGCACACAUUGUGCGAUUGAAGAGCGAGACCCCUUCACCGUCAUUCCAUUGGUGAGUGCAGGGGUCACUGGCAAAUGGAGGAAACAGGAAGUGGACUCCUGUAGCUGAAGGUAUCCCACAAUUCCUGGCUUCUUGUCCUCUUCAAGCCAUGAGGGGUAGAUGAGAACCGCUAACGCGUUGCUGAGUUUUACAGAAGGCCGUUGUGUGUUUUUUCUCUCUUUUUUUUAAACAAGGAGAAAAAAAAUUGUUAGGUCUUAUUUGUUCAUUUUUAUUUUCUUGUUAUUUGUUUUUUUAUUAUUAUUAUUAUUUUCGAUAUGGGUGAGCUAAAUGGGGUAACAGUGUUCCAGACUGGAGGCUCGGUCAUGCCAUUCCGAGAGGAUGGGAUCAAAGAAAGAUGUCCAGAGAGUGGACGGCCCUGACAUUUCCAACCCUGCCUCCCCCUGAAAUGUACACCGCCCCAAGUCCACCAGAGAGACUUGAAAAAAAAAGUUCGAAAAGGCAAUACAAAGAUGGCGACCAUGAACUCUCCUGAGUAGUAGGACUUGACAACCCAGACAUGAACUUUUGUGAUCCAAUUGAACUGUUUCUCUGUUGAUAUAUUGUAUGAAAUUUAAAUGAGGAAAAAGAUGAUUUUUUUGCAUGGACACAAAUUUAGCUGAACUUUAAAAGUGAAAAAAAAAAAUAUUUUCUUGAGGCUGCUACUUGCAAAAAAGAAAAUAAAAAAACACAAGACAGAACAGCCAUUUUCAACCGUUUAUAUUAUUUUUAAAGAUAAAUUUCACUAGUGCAUGGUUUUCAAGGGGAGUGAAUGCCACAGCGUGAUUACAGAAAAAAAGAUACCUUGUUUAUCGUCCUUUAGAAAUCCUGGUCUGUAUUUUUACAGACAAGCAGUUGACAUGCAGUCUAAAAGGAAAAUACGUUUGGGUUAUUUACAGUAACAAGUCAAAUCCUGUUUAUGUGACAGAAGUAAGUAAAAGAAAAUAAAUGUUUUAUUAUUUCCUUUAUUGUAAAGGCACAGGCCUUUUGAGGAUGAACAUGAUGUAUUGUAUGUCCCCCCCCAUCUCCCAGAGUAGCCAUUGUACUCACUGCAACUGUUGUCGCCCGGCCCCUUCCCCCCUCCCUUCCUUCCGACCCCCCACCCUCACCCUGAUUUCAUUCUGAUGAUUCCGAGCAGACAGUCUAUUUUUCGCUGCUCCGUAAGGUUUUAAAAAUCUGUAUUUGGGAUUUGAUUUGUUUAAAUCAAGCAUGUUGAAAAGGAUUUUCUGCAACAUGGCUUGGGCUCACCUAACAGUAACUCAGCAUGUUUUGAUAAAGAUGAUAUUUGGGGAUUUGAGGAAAAAAAAUGCAGUUUCUUGUACAGUGCAUGUCAACAAUGUUUUGUUUCUCCCUCACCUGAAAUUGAACUCAAAAAUUAGGUAAUGGAAAUCAGCUCUUGAACAUGAUCUGAAAAAUAAACAGAUCGGCAAAAGUUUAUUUUUUUCCCCUUUUUUUUAAAGAAACAUUCCACCUCCUAGACUUUGUUCGACAGUUUUGAAAGACAGGUCAAAUGUUUUAAAUCCCAGUGGUGGUUGACAUGAAGUGCUUUUGGUUGCAUGUUUAUUUUGUUUCAGUAUUUUAACAAAAGGUUUUUACUAGGAUAUAUGGCAGCACAGACGCCAAAAAUGGGGCAGUGCUGCUGACCUUUCUCGGCCUUAUUGGUGAAGCCAUGACUAAAUCACUCGCGAAGGGAAAUUACCUUAGGAUAUUGCCACAAAAAAUAGUUUUGUUCUGUUUUGUUUUGAAAAAAGCGUAAAUAAAUUAAUUUAAUAUAUUUUUGUUAAUUUAAUUAUAAGCCAAGACCAAUUAUUUUUCAUUUUUGCUAUUUUUUGUAAUUAUAAAUAGUGUAUCUGGGAGGUAUCAGAAUCGUAUAGCUUCAAUGUCUGAAUGACAAUAUAUUGAGACAUUAUUCCUUUUCCAUUUAAACAAAAUGAUAUAUUUUAGUGUUCAUUCUAUAUCUUGUUGCUGUAACAAGCUAUAUAUUUCCUUUCUGAAUUGCAUUGUACAUACUAGGUGUCCAAUUUCCUGGGAUUUGAGUAAAAUGAAUAAGCAUAAAUAGACAAAACCUACAUUAAGAUCUUUCUGGAACAGGGAUAAUGUCUCUAAUUGAUGGCAAAGACAUGUUACUGACCCUUUUUGAAUGCCUUCUCUCUUUUUUUCUGGUGCAAUGUGUUCAUGCCAAGGCUAUGUCUUGGUGAAGUAUGGUUGAGUACAGAGAUUUAUGUAAGUUAUUUUUCAAAUUAAAAAAAUAAAAAAUGGAUAUAACACUG